GUCUUUGGUCGAUCUAAAUGGCCCAGGCCGGCCCAAUGCACGUCAAUAUGCACUAACGGUACGGUCAAUGCACUAACGUUAGUCUUACGUCGCCGUCGACGUCUCUCUCGAUUUCUUUGACCUGCCAAAUUUCGGGAAUCGGGGCUAAAUAUUUGAGCUGGACCUAGACCUAGUUCGGAGGGAGAGAAUGGCAUUCCCUGGCAAACAGUAUGGGCUUAUCACCAAAGCCAAGAAAUCCUCUACCCCAGCUCUGAAGAAGGCUUCUAUUUUCAAUGAAUCAAGUGAUGAAGAAGAGAAUGUUACUACACUAGAGAUGCAGAAGAAGAGACAAGCAGCUAUGCAAACCAAAAUUAAGAAACAAACGCAGCUUGAAAUCCAAAGAGCUCUUGAGGCUGAUCCCACUGUGUAUGAAUAUGACAGCAUCUAUGAUGACAUGGAGAAGAAGAAGGAAGAGAAGCUUAUUGCAUCAAAGAAGAAAACAGAUGGAAAUAAGCCUAAAUAUAUUGAGAGUCUUUUGAAGUCUGCGGAGCUGAGGAAGAAAGAGCAGGAAAAGCAUAAGGAAAGGAAGAUACAGAAAGAGAGGGAGAAAGAAGGGGAGAUGUAUGGUGACAAGGAGGCCUUUGUAACAUCAGCCUACAAGAAAAAGAUGCAGGAAUUGGCAGAGGAGGAGGAAAGGGAGAGGAAGGAAGCAGAAGAAGAAGCUGCAAAUGAUGUGAUGAAGCAGAGUGAUCUGUCAGGUUUCUAUCGCCACAUUCUGUCUCAAACUACGGGAGAUGUACAGGUCAAGAAAGAGAAAUCAUCAGACGAUGAAGGGAUUAAGAGAAAAGUCAUGGCAGAAGUAGAAAAGAAGCCAUUCAAAACAGAGAGACAUUCUGGUCUCAAUCUUAAAGCCAGAGAUAAAUCUGACUCAUCAAGACACCAAGGUAACAUAGACAGACACAGAAGGGGUGCAUCAAGCAGCGAUGAUGAUGACGAUUACAAACAUAUCAAAGACCGUCAACGAAGAGAUGUCAGGGACUCGGCGAAUAGGCACAACAGGAAUGAGAGACAUGAUGACAGGACUGGGAAAUAUAAGGAGAGAAGGGAUGAGCCCCAUCGACAUAGUAGCAGUUGUAGUCGAGAUGAUAGCAGAGGGCACCAUGAUGAUGGCAAAAGACAUGACAAAAGCCACAGAAGAGGGGACAAUGAAAGAGAUAGGCAUUGGCAUGAUGGGAGAGAUUCUUGUAAUGAUAGACAAGAGGGAAGGGAUAAUGCAAGAAAGGAGAGAGAAGUUAAAAGUGAAAGAACUGAGAUCAGGGAGAAACAAGAAUCCCCUAAAGAAGGUAGUAAAAUGGCAGAGAAGCUGACUCCUGUUGCCAAUCCAGAUGCUGAUAGUGAUUUUGAGAUUGACUCUGAGGAGAGUGAUGUUGAGAAAGCUAAACCAGCUCUGGAUAAAGCAGAAGUAACUUCUAAAGUGAACUCCGGAAAGAAGGAAGCCAAUGAAGAGGAGGAGGCAAAGUGUAAGUUUGUUAAGAGGACUGGAAAUGAGACUGUGAUAUCAGCUAGAGAUAGAUAUCUUGCUAGAAAAGCAGCAAGGGAUGUUGAUAAAACCCACGUUAAUCAGCAAGAUGGGAGUGAUGAUAGGAAGAAGGAAAGAGAAAACACAAGUAAAAGAAUUGAGACCCCUGUUGCCAAUCCAGAUGCUGAUAGUGAUUUUGAGAUAGACUCUGAAGAUAGUGAUGUUGAAAAAGCUAAACCAGCUCUGGAUAAAUUGGGAGCAUCUUCCAAUUCCACACGAGACUUCAAGGAGAGGGAAGAUAUUGAGGAAGCCAAAUCUAAAUUUGUAAAGAGAACUGGAAGUGAGACAGUGAUGUCAGCUAGAGAUCGUUACCUGGCUCGAAAAGCGGCUAGAGAUUCAAGUAAAACUCACGUUAGUCGUGAGGACAAUUAACCUAUUGCCUUCAUAGUCCUAAAACCAUGUGUGACCCCUUUAUAGGAAUCAUAAAAUUAAUAAUUCAACAUGUUGAUUUAAUAUGGAGGAAGUAUUAAGUAACAUAAUUAAUUUAAAUCUAGGAUUGUGCCUGAGCAGUUAGUUUCCAGUUGUGUAAUUUGGAAUAAAAAAAAAAUUGUGUACAUAAGGGCAAUAAUGCUUGGAAGUCACAGAAAUGGUCAUGUAAUGGCACUACGUAUCAAGCCUGAUUGUCAUUUUUUGAUUUAAAAAAAUGAUAAAUCAGGCAUCACCAUUUUAUUCCUAUUGAACAUUGGAAGGCCUCUUUUGCAUUGUUGAUGUCUUUACUAAGUAAAAUUUUUGCUUUCCAAUGUAAACUGUUGGCAGCCAAAAAUGAUAAUUUUUUUCAGUUGUGCAGGGAAUAAUUUUCCUUGUAUCGCAUUGCAAUCUGCUCAAAAUUUUUAAAGACUGCUACACAAAAAGUAAUUUGUAAGCAGAAUUUUGAAUAGGACCGUACAGAACUUAGUUGAGAACUUUUCUGUUGACCAAAAAUCCAUGCCGUGUGAUCGGAAGCACUACCACUGGAAAGUAUCAUAUUGAGCUCGGUAUUUGAAUUUAUUAGACGAUGAACAUGCAUUCACUACAGCAAAGAUCACAUUCAGUGAUACCAUGGGCAUCAAAGCCGAAACAGGUUUGUGAUAUCAGGUACAACAUAAUAUGUUAGUUUUUUUUUUUCUAAUUAAAAUGGCACUAAAUUGAACUACAAUCUGUUUUCCUAAAAUGGACAGUCAGCUUUGUCUUAUAUAAAAUUUUACACAUUUUGUAUGUAUGAGGACAAGAGAAAUAAAUGUUGAACAGAAAAAGAUUGGGUAUAAACAAACAUUUUUUACUUUAUUACAAGGGAGACAUACCAUACACAUACUUAUAAAAAUAGGAAAUAAUUGUUUUGAUGUAAUAUCCUAAGAAAAGGGAAAAUGGGGACAUGACAUGAUCAGCCCACCCAAAGCAUAUUCAUGCAUAUUUUUUCCCAAAUUAUUGUUAUCAGAUUUUGAUGAAAUUUUCAUUAUGCUUGGAGAAUUUUACUCUAUUAAGAUAUUAGUGCAAAAUGUUUGGGUACCUGAGAAAAUCUCAUUUAGCAACCAAAGACUACAGUAGUGGAAUGCAAAUAAUGAGUACACACAAAAUACACAUGGUUUCAUAUCAAGCAUAUCUUUAAUGUUAAAUAAACUACAUAGCUCACAACAGAAAUGUUCAUAAUUAUGUUAUUGAAUAAUUGUACACAUGUAAUUAAAUAAGAUGAGAAUUGAUGAAAUGAAAUGAGGAAAGAGUGUCCUUCAUCGAUUUUAUACUGUUAUAACUCAAUGAACACGUAUCAACUAUAUUGAAAUAUAAAACCUUUCUUUAAAAAAUGCUGUUAGUUUAGUUAAGAGAACACUUAUAUUAGAUGGGUAUAAACCUAGUAUUAUGUGAUGAGAGACUUGGGCCCUCUAAAAUAAAAUAUAAAUAAGUUUGUUAAUUAUGUACAAAAAGUUACAAUCAGUUGUAAAUCUCUUUAUGUUGCAUGGUUCCAUUGCGUGAAGUCAAUUUUAAAUGCAAAAUUACUCAACGCUGCUUUACAGCAAUAUCAUUCAGGGAUCACCAGUCAUCCAUCAAAAUUACAAAGGCCAGCAGUUGAGUUUAUUUUUGCUUUUCCGUAACAUGCAUCAUUCAAUCAAAAUGAAUACUAAUAUUACCACUUACACUAUCUUUUGGUGAAGGUAUUAAAGAUCAAAUCAAUGUGUGGUUCUGGGCAUGGAAUUUAAACAUACACAAUGCAAUUAACAAGUAAUAGUCAUGAAAUUACAUUUCCUUUACAAAACAAGACAACAGAAAAUACAUUUGAUCACACAAAUAUUCAGCUAUUGCAACUUUCCAAUAAAUUAGAUUUCUAUCUAUCCAUUCAUAAUACUUUUCUAUCACAAUGAAUAUAGUCAUUUCAUGCAAGCUUUGUUUUUGCAACCAUUUCGGUUCACAUCAAUAAAAGCACAUUAAAAGAGUAGCAUUGCUUUUUGCACAGUUGGUUUUCAAAAAUACAUGUAUGCCAAAGAAAAUACUGAUAAUUUAUAUUGUUAGCACAUAAUCAUGCACUUUGCUUCAUAAAUCAAUUUCAGUCUUCAAAUAAACCAAACUAAAUGGUUCCAAAUUCACAAAGCUGGUUUUGAAUGUUGUCUGAAUCCAUGAUGGUUUAUGCAAAUUUUAUCCUCCACUUAUGCUGAUUUGGGGCAUAGACAGAUAAAAUACAAUGUGUGCUUUUUGUCAAUGCUCAAUCAUAUCAAAAGGGACGACUUUAGUGCAGCUGUGAGAAAAGCAUGCAGUCACUAUGGACUCUUACUAUACAGGCUAAUUUAAGCGUAAUGAGUGCAUCAUGAAAUCUGCAUUAACCAUGAUUUCAGACCAAAUUGAAAAUCACCUUACUGAUUAAAGUCCAGUGGUGCUAAAACAUUACAUGAAUCAAUGGUAUUCACCAGAAGGUUAACAUAAAUAGGGGUGCGAGUGAUCACAACUAAAAUAAACAGAAAAAAAAGCUGAGAAGUAUUGAACCCCCCCCCUCAAAUUCAAAGAGCUCAAAUAUUUUUGUACAGGGGAAAGCUAAAAUAAGUUGAAAUUAAGCUGAAAAUCCAUACCCCUAAAAGUUGAAAUUAGCUAAAAAUCUUAACACUUACACCCCUGCAAUAUGUACCAUCUACUGAUAAUCCAAUCGAUGUGCAUUUAUGUCAAGUUUUCUUUAAUCAAAUGCUAUUUCAUCUGUUCUGAAAGAAGCAAGCAUGGACAUACACCAUGUGUUUAUUCAGGAGAAUUCAAAUUCUAUUCUUUUUUGUUUUCUAUUGUUGUGUUUUGUGUUUAUUUUCCUUGAAGCGCCAUGAGCACCGAAAGGUGGACCUGUGCGCUAUAUAAGUAGCCACCAUUAUUAUUAUUAUUAUUACCAACAAGGGAGGUAUUUCAUAAAGAUGUUUGUAACAAUGUUACACAUACCUGAUAAUAUAAUAACAACUGGAAUGACAAACAAAAUACAUACAUGUAGUUAUCAAUCUAAAGCUGACACAUGCACAUGCUGAUCAACAUGUCUGAACAGCAAAAAUGGACAUUCUUGGCUUCUUUGUUGAAAAAGAGGUGCCAACAUUUUUUCAAUUGGACCCUUGCCCCAAGGGUCCACAGUCCGCCAUAGGGUUCUUCUGGAAGUUUCUUGUGUAAUCUGAGCCUUAUUUGCAGAAGAUGACAUGAUUAAGAAAUAAGACAGUUCCCAUCAUUUAAGCAAAUAUAUAACAAAAAUAUGUUAAAUAUGCAUGUUUACACAAUUUUGUUGAUAUAUGUUGGGAAAACUUUGGUAAGAUUCUGGGAAUUUAUAUUCAGUUAUAUAAUCAUGCAUAGCUUUAUGAUCAGCUUAUGAAACAGACCCUCAGUUGCUUGAAUAAACUCUCAUUCCUAUACAACAUGAAAUAUUUUUU